ACACACGACAGUUAAUUAUUGAUAUUUGCUUUUUUGUGAGACUUUUAUCCGAAUAUUUCUGAAAUUUGUGUGAAAGUUAGAAGAAAAGGUUUUUGUGAAUAUCCAAAAUGGAAAGAAGAAGUACAAGAUUAAAUAACACAGCAAAUCAGAAUACUGAAACAUUUCCUGAAAAUCAGGCUGAACAAUAUAUCAGGUUGAAGAAAGACAAAGACGGUUUUGUUGUAAGAUAUAUAGAUGAUACAAUUGGAAAAGGGGUGUUUGCUGAAAGAUCUUUUAGCAAAGGUGAAUUUCUUUUGGAAUAUGAUGGGGAUCUUGUUUCGAACAAAGAGGGAACUAGGAGAUUGGAGGAACACAGCAAUACCUUUGGCUGCUAUGUGUUUUUUUUCAAGUAUGGAGGCAAAAGUUUAAGCAUAGAUGCUACUUUUUCUAAACAAAUGGGAAGGUUUGUUAAUGAUGGAGUUGGAGCAGAUGAGAAUGCUUUAAUGAAAAGAAUUGUUGUGGAUGGGAGCCCACAUUUAGUUUUAUUUGCCAGAAGGGAUAUAUAUAUAGGAGAUGAAAUCAGAUAUGACUAUGGUGAUGUUAGUCGAAACCUCCCAUGGAGAAAGAGACCACUAACAGAUGAAAAAAAAAAUACGACAUUGAAAGAAUGUUGUGUUUCAAUAAGAAGACUGGAGAUUAAAGAUGAUAGUCAUAAAGUGGCAUGUAUGUUAUAUGAAUUUGUAUAGAAGUUCUGAGCUAAAGAAUGUACUUGGGUGAAAUUUAAAAAGUCUAGAAUUUAGAAUUGAUAAUAUAAAGCAGAAGAGCAUUAAACAAGGAACAAGACAAUAGCAAUCAAAACCAAGGAGUAAACAAAGACUCACAAAACCAAAGGACAUUUAAUAAUAAUUAAGAAAA